UGAUCAUUAGUUAACGGACCGUUAAAAUGGCUGUUAAGAACCAGCAGAGUGAAGUAAACAGAAAAACGGAUAAAGUCCGACGAAAGCAGAGCGAUGGUAACCAACCAAAACAGAAAAAUCAUGGCGUCUAUGUCUUUACUGUGUAAUUGGGUGUCCCAGCGUCCUUGCAAUCGCUACUUCACACCUUUCUCCGACGAGUCGCCUCUUCAUGUUCUCAAACCAAACCCUAGCUCGCUCUCUUCAGGUAUCAAGAAAUGCAGAAAGCAACAGCUUCCCUGCUGCAGCAACACCUACCGAGUAGAAGAACAACACCAACACCAACUCUAUUUUUCGCUUCAAGAACUACCUGGAAGAAGAGAACUUCUGUUCAAGAUCGCAUUUAUUGGGUGUACUUUUCCGGCAAUUGUUUAUAAUGCAUUUGCAGAGAUUGAUGAGUUGCGUGUUUAUACUGAUGAUGCCAACAAGUUCCAGAUAACGAUUCCCCAAGAAUGGCGAGUAGGUACAGGAGAACCUGACGGCGGGUUCAAGUCAGUGACCGCUUUCUACCCAGAAGAAGCUUAUUCGACCUCUAAUGUCAGUGUUGUGAUCACGGGGCUUGGUCCGGAUUUUACUAGAAUGGAGUCUUUUGGCAAAGUGGAAGCCUUCGCUGAGACUCUGGUUGGUGGAUUGGACAGAAGCUGGCAAAGGCCCCCAGGUGUAGCAGCAAAACUCAUCGACUGUAAAUCCUCUAAUGGGCUUUAUUACAUUGAAUACACACUGCAAAAUCCAGGCGAAAGUCGCAAACAUUUAUAUUCAGCGCUUGGGAUGGCAUUCAAUGGUUGGUAUAACAGACUAUAUACCGUGACAGGGCAGUUUUUGGAUGAAGAAGCAGAGAAAUAUAGUUCCAAGAUUCAGAAGACUGUUUCAUCGUUCAGGUUCAUUAACUGACAUGGCUAGCUGUAGCAGAAUUUGUGCGCGCACAGGUUACAUCGAUCAUUCUUUUGAACGUUCAUUUCAUGUUGGUUCUUGGAUAAUUGUAUACAAUAGCCACUACAAAGCGAAGCAACCAGCUGUUUGUACACUAAUUCAGUUAAGAGAAGCCUUUCUUUUCCCUCGAAAAGUAGGAAACUUGUUGGAUUUACAUUUUCAAAGCAUUGAGUACAGCAAUUGCAAUGGAUGGCAAGGAUAGAUUAUUGGACUUACUGAAUUUUGAUGGCUGUCCUCUAUAUACAGACGCUAUUAUCUCUCAUGGUUGAAAUUGAAUGAAAUUUGACUUUCCCUGA